AUGAUUAAAUAUGCGGAAUUACAAAGCCCCAAUUCGAUCUAUGUGAUACUUACAAACUGUAUUUCGUCGAGUGUGUUCGCGGAGCCAUUUGGCGGCGGUUCUGUUGGUAUACAUAUACCCGGCAUAGGCCUGGGUUCUAUAACCGAAUCUCGAUGCCCCCGAGUGUGUUCAUGUAAUGGAUUAACGGUUGAUUGUUCACAUCGUGGCUUGACGCAGGUUCCACGUAAAAUAUCUGCCGACGUAGAGAGAUUAGACCUACAAGGAAAUAAUAUAACUGUGAUUUUCGAGUCUGAUUUUCAAAGAUUAACCAAACUCCGAAUACUGCAACUAACCGACAACCAAAUUCAUACCAUCGAGAAAGGUUCUUUACAGGAUUUAAUUUCCUUGGAGAGAUUACGCCUUAAUAACAAUCGACUAAAGGCAAUACCUGAUAACUUUGUCACAAGUUCAGCGAGUCUUUUGCGAUUGGAUGUAUCCAAUAAUGCGAUUACUACUGUGGGCCGUAGGGUUUUUAAAGGAGCACAAUCAUUACGCAGCCUUCAGUUGGACAAUAAUCAAAUCACAUGCUUGGAUGAACAUGCGUUUAAGGGUUUGGUCGAUUUGGAAAUACUCACACUCAACAAUAACAAUUUAACAUCCUUGCCACAUAAUAUAUUCAAUGGAUUGAGUCGCUUGCGAGCUCUGCGACUUUCUGAUAAUCCAUUUUCUUGUGAUUGUCAUUUGUCGUGGUUAUCACGAUUUCUACGCAAUGCACCACGAUUAGCACCAUAUACACGAUGCCAAUCGCCUUCACAACUAAAAGGACAAAACGUAGCAGACUUACAUGACCAAGAGUUCAAAUGUUCAGGACUAACUGAACACGCACCGCUCGAAUGUGGCCUUGAGAACAGUUGUCCCCAUCCUUGCCGAUGUGCCGAUGGUAUUGUCGACUGUCGCGAAAAAAGUUUGACUGCUGUUCCGGCCACUCUUCCAGAUGAUACAACGGAAUUGCGGCUUGAACAAAAUUUCAUUACCGAACUUCCACCAAAAGCGUUUGCUAAUUUUCGGCGUUUAAGGCGGAUCGAUUUGUCUAACAAUAACAUUUCAAGAAUUGCACACGAUGCCCUAAGUGGCCUUAAGGCACUAACCACACUUGUUCUAUAUGGCAAUAAAAUAAAGGAUUUGCCCUCGGGCGUUUUUAAAGGACUUUCAUCACUUCAGUUGCUCCUGUUAAAUGCCAAUGAGAUUUCGUGCAUUCGCAAGGAUGCUUUUCGCGACUUGCACAGCCUGAGCUUACUAUCCCUGUACGACAACAACAUUCAAACGCUGGCAAAUGGCACUUUUGAUGCCAUGAAGAGCAUUCAGACACUGCAUCUGGCAAAGAAUCCUUUUAUUUGCGAUUGUAAUCUGAGAUGGUUGGCCGACUACUUGCACAAAAACCCCAUUGAAACAAGUGGUGCUCGGUGUGAAUCGCCCAAGCGCAUGCAUCGUCGACGUAUUGAAACAUUGAGGGAGGAGAAAUUCAAGUGCUCUUGGGAUGAAAUGCGGAUGAAACUCUCGGGAGAAUGUCGACUGGACACUGACUGUCCAGCGCAGUGUCAGUGUGACGGACCAAUUGUGGAUUGCUCUGGACGCGGUUUGAAGGAAAUUCCGCGUGACAUACCAUUGCACACUACUGAAUUAUUGUUGAAUGACAACGAGUUGGGACGAAUAACGUCGGAUGGCUUAUUUGGUCGUUUGCCGCAUUUGGUUAAAUUGGACCUCAGACGAAACAAAAUCAGCAGCAUAGAUGCUAACGCAUUUGAGGGUGCCUCCCACAUACAGGAUCUGCAAUUAGCCGAGAAUAAAAUCAAAGAAGUCUCCAAUAAAAUGUUUUUGGGUCUCCAUCAGUUAAAAACAUUGAAUCUAUACGACAAUCAAAUUUCUUGUGUAAUGCCAGGAUCCUUUGAGUUUCUAACAUCACUAUCGUCCCUGAAUUUGGCCUCCAAUCCAUUUAAUUGUAACUGCCAUUUGGCAUGGUUCUCUGAUUGGCUACGUAAACGGGAAUUGAAUGGCGGUGCUGCCCGUUGUGCCACACCGUCAAAGGUGCGCGAUGUGCAAAUACAAGAAUUACCCCACCAUGAGUUUAAAUGUACGUCAGACAAUAAUGAGGGAUGCUUGGGAGAUGACUACUGUCCACCAAUGUGCACGUGCACCGGAACUGUUGUACGAUGUUCACGAAACAAUUUAACGGAAAUUCCCCGUGGAAUUCCGAGCGAAACAACUGAGCUGUACCUGGAGUCCAAUGAAAUUUCCAUUAUACACAGCGAUCGGAUCCGUCAUUUGAAGUCACUCUCACGACUGGACUUGAGUAAUAACAAAAUAACCAUGUUGUCGGACUACACGUUUGCGAAUUUGACGAAGCUUUCCACACUAAUAAUAUCAUUUAAUAAUUUGCAAUGCCUGCAACGACAUGCACUGGCAGGAUUAAACAAUUUGAGGGUCCUUUCUUUGCACGGCAAUCAAAUAUCGAUGAUGCCCGAAGGCUCAUUUGAAGACUUGAAGUCACUAACACACAUUGCUCUAGGUAGCAACCCCCUGUAUUGCGAUUGCUCACUGAAAUGGUUUGCGGAUUGGGUAAAAUUGGAUUAUAUUGAACCUGGAAUUGCGAGUUGUUCGGAGCCAGAACAUAUGAAAGAUAAACUGAUACUUUCGACUCCCGCGCAUAGUUUUGUAUGCAAGGGCAAAGUGAGCAACAGCAUAUUGGCGAAGUGUGAUGCAUGCUUCACAUACCCCUGUCAAAAUAAGGGCAAAUGUGUGUCAUUGCCAGAACGAGACUACCAAUGUCUGUGCCAGCCCGGUUACCAUGGCAAGCACUGUGAAUUUAUGAUUGAUGCGUGCUAUGGUAAUCCCUGUCGAAAUAACGCAACCUGCACUGUGCUUGAAGAAGGUCGUUUCAGCUGCCAGUGUGCCCCAGGAUACACGGGUGCUCGUUGCGAAACCAACAUUGAUGAUUGCUUGGGUGAAAUUAAGUGUCAAAAUAAUGCCACAUGUAUUGAUGGUAUUGAAUCAUACACAUGCGAAUGUCAGCCUGGCUUUACCGGAGAAUAUUGUGAUACGAAAAUUGAAUUUUGCAGUCCAGAAUUCAACCCGUGUGCUAAUGGAGCUAAAUGCCAGGAUCACUUCACUCACUACACGUGCGAAUGCAUGCCAGGAUUCCAUGGAAUAAAUUGUACAGACAACAUAGAUGAUUGUCAGAAUCAUAUAUGUCAGAAUGGGGGAACUUGUGUCGAUGGCAUCAACGAUUAUGUUUGCAUGUGUCCCGACGAUUUCACUGGGAAGUAUUGCGAAGGACAUAACAUGGUGUCAAUGAUGUAUCCCCAGACAUCACCUUGUCAGAACCAUGAAUGUAAACAUGGGGUAUGCUUCCAACCAAAUCCCUCCGGCUCCGACUACUUGUGUAAAUGCCAUCCAGGUUAUACGGGAAAAUGGUGCGAAUAUUUGACGAGCAUUAGUUUUGUACACAACAACUCAUUUGUUGAAAUGGAACCGCUGCGAACAAAACCUGACGCCAACGUGACAAUUGUCUUCAGUACUUCGGAACAGAAUGGCAUUCUUAUGUAUGAUGGACAAGACGCACAUUUGGCAGUCGAACUUUUCAAUGGCAGAAUACGAGUUAGUUAUGACGUGGGUAAUUAUCCAGUGUCGACAAUGUACAGUUUUGAAAUGGUCGCCGAUAGCAAAUAUCAUUCAGUUGAGUUGUUAUCGAUCAAAAAAAAUUUUACCUUAAGAGUGGAUCGGGGCUUAGCAAGAUCAAUUAUAAAUGAAGGCUCCAAUGAGUAUUUGAAACUUACAACGCCGUUGUAUUUGGGUGGGCUGCCUCCAGAGCCCGCACAACAAGCCUAUAAAAAUUGGCAACUUCGAAACCUCACCAGCUUUAAGGGAUGUAUGCGUGAAGUCUGGAUUAAUCACAAGCUAGUAGAUUUUGAGAAUGCGGCACGUCAGCAAAAGAUUACCCCCGGUUGCGCCUUACUAGAAGGAGAAAAUAACGAAGAUGAUGAGCAAGAUUUCAUGGACGAAACACCGCACAUUAGCAAAGAAGUUGAUCCAUGUGAAAAUAACAAAUGCAAAAGAGGAAGUCGCUGCGUGCCCAAUUCGAGCUCACGAGACGGAUACCAAUGCAAAUGCAAACACGGUCAAAAAGGACGUUACUGCGAUCAAGGUGAGGGCACCACCACAGAGCCCCCAUCAAACACUGUUACGUCGACUUGUCGCAAGGAACAGGUGAGAGAGUACUACACAGAAAAUGAUUGCAGAUCUAGACAGCCUCUGAAAUAUGCCAAAUGUGUGGGAGGCUGCGGCAAUCAGUGCUGUGCAGCGAAAAUUGUGCGAAGACGCAAGGUGCGCAUGGUAUGCAGCAACAAUAGGAAGUAUAUUAAAAAUCUAGACAUCGUAAGAAAGUGCGGGUGCACAAAGAAGUGCUACUGACUGAAAAAUGCGACUACCCAAAUAAACAACAGCAGCUUAGAUAAAAAUUUCACCAUUUUAAUUAGUAAUAAUAAUAAUAGUAGUAAUAAUAAUAAUAAUAGUAGUAAUACUUAUAGAGAUAGCAAUUAUACUUUAGAAGAUAGCUUUAAGGAUCAUGGAGACGAGGUGGCUGAAGACGACGACGACUAUAUGAAUGAAUAUGAGACUGAAGACGUGACGGACGACUAUACAGGAGAAAUGCAAUUGAAUCCAAGUACAGACUUCUAUGAUGACGACGAAGACGAUGAUGGACUGUAUGACGACGACAGAGACGUGACCGAGGAUGACAACGAUGAAGGACCCGAAUUGUUGCCUGAGGCUAAAGGUCUGAUUCAGUCAUCCAUAAAUGUCGGAGGGGCAGGGGAAGAGGAGGAGGAAGAUAUGGGAUAUGACGAGGACGAUGAACGUAUCGCCAUUGCCGUAGAACGGCCUAAGGAAGCACGUUUUCGUCCAAACAUAGACCAAGAACAAGGUUUUGUAAACGAAGAAGGCAGUGGCAACUUUGGCAGAUUGUCCAAGAACACAUACAAAGAUAACCAAAAUGACAGAUUUAGAUUCGAUUACAUGAAUAAGUACAGGCGGAAACAACAAAAGCUGAACGGAAGUCACAAAAGUGGGGACGGAACGGAGGCUGAUUUGCGAGAAAGCAGCGGCAAUUUUGCUAACGAUGAUGAAGAUAAUGAUGACGACAGCGAUGACGAUGACGACGAAGAGGGCGACGGGUUCUUCAAUUCUAAGCGAAAGUCUAACAGCCGUUACUUCCGCAAAAAUACCAACGAUGCAAUCAAAAUAAUUUCCACACCUUUGGGAAAAGUUGGCAUCGUAUACCAACAGACACCAACAAAUGGCGAAGAAAAAGAAGUGGACAAUAACGAAAAGAAGUCCACAUCAUUCACAGAUUUUGACGCCCUGUCGCCAGAUCCGGAGAGCAGUCAUCGUCUGGCGUCCUCUCAUCCGAAAAUUACACCGGUCUUAACACCCGAUGGCAAGGUUGCCCUGCUUUACCGCGGAGACUCCGAAAAUACUAAAUACGAACCAAUACGAAACCUUACAACACACAAAUUUAAUAAGAACUCAGAACAGAACUCGGAAAAGAAAACACACAGUGGGGCAGAUAGCAGCAGUGGCGAAUACGAUGAUUCGGAACAGUCUUCAGACACGGAUGAAGAUGAGGAGUCUAGAUUUGGCUCAAACAAUGACCAAAAUUCGCAAGUAUCCAAAACCACUGUUAAAGAGGAACAAGCUGCUAUUCUUCCCGCCCCGGAAAUGGCACCCACAACAGGAUCAUUCAUAAUUCGACCAACAGAUUCCGUACUGCCAAUGAUUAACCGGCCAUUGUCCGAGGUACUUGGCAUUAAAAAGAAUCAGUUUAAACAGUUCCGUGUCAAGGACAUCUCCACUACGACAGAACAAUCCACGCGACCCAUUCAUGGUCUUAAUGUUGACAAUUCCGAUUCUACUACCUUGCACUUCCUCACUAAAGUCAAUCUUGCCGAUUAUCCAACGUCGUCGCGUUCGAGAAACUUUGAUUUUGAUUUCAGUCGGGACAACACAAUGCUAGAUGAACGAACACGUCACAGAGAACAGGAGGCCAAAUCACAACUCAACAGCAACCUAAUGAAUGGUAAUAACUUGGACGAAAACAAUCAGGCAUCUCAAAUUGCCAACGAGGAAAUCUUAUCCAAAACUGAGGUGGUUAAUCUUGCAAUUAUACCUCACUUCGAUGAAGAACUCGAACGCCUGCAAAGGUUGCGUGAAUAUGAAGAACGUCGUCAUCAUCGCCAACGACACCGACAAAAGCAAAACGAUGAGGAUCUAUCGGGCAUACAUUGCAUCAUGCAGGCCAUGAUGGGUAUUGCAGCCAUUUCGACGGUUUUCGGGAUGCUUGGCACGUUCUUCAAGCAACGAAUUCUUGACCAGUUGCGCCUAAUGCACUGGUAGUACAACAAGGGUAUUCGAUUGUUCUUCGUCUUGCAAUUGAAUACCCCAUCGCACUUGUUCUUGUUGCCACUGUCGUUGUUAUCCUUAUUCUAAUCCCUUCUUUACGCCUUCUUUAGACGACU